UGCGAAAGAAUCAUAAAAACGUCCUCAAAACCCUAACCAAUAGCCGCUUCUCAGUAUUCCUUUUCUCGCGCCACUACCCUCUCCCUUCACCCCCGUCGUUUUGUUUUCAUACUCAGGAAUACCUUGAUUUGAGUUUGAUGGAUCCAGAGUCCUUGGCAGCCGCCAACGCUUCUGCGAAUACAGGCACUAGGAAGGUUAGAUUUGCUCCGAAAGGUCCUCCUCGCAGAGCCCAGAAGCCUGCUUUGCCCAAAGCGGAAAAGGUUGAAGAGGAUGCUGAUGCCACAAAAGCGGAGGAAUUGUUGCGCCGUUUCAAUGAAUCUUCUGCUAUGAGAGCUAAGUUUAAAGUUGAGAAGAAAGGGCCUACACGGGUUGCGUUUGGUCAGGGAGGUUCCUCAAGGUCAUAUAUCCCUCCAAAGGGCGCUAAGAAGCCUCAGAGCUCAUCCUCUGAUGGUGGUGUUGCUCUUGAGAAAGAAUACAAAGAGCCUUGGGAUUAUUAUACCUAUUAUCCUACAACUCUUCCCUUGAGAAGGCCAUAUUCUGGAAAUCCAGAGGUUCUUGAUGAGAGGGAAUUCGGGGAGGCUUCAGAGAGUUAUGAAUAUGAUGAAGAUGCAAUAAAUCCAGCUGAAGAGCUCGGCCUAUUUGAGGAGGCUCCGGAGGAAAAUCUGUUCUUCGUCCAACUACCAACGCUUAUGCCUAUGUUCAAGCAACCAGCAAACGCAGAAGGCAGCGAGACAGCCAGCAACAACCCGAGGGCGAUGAGGGCUAGGGCCUGUAAAUUUGAUGAUUUGCCCGGAGGCUAUCUUGGGAAAAUGGUGGUAUACAAGAGUGGAGCUAUCAAGAUGAAACUAGGCGAAACGCUUUAUGAUGUUUCUCCCGGUAUGAAUUGUGUGUUCUCUCAGGACGUCGUCGUGAUGAACACAGAAGAGAAGAACUGCUGCAACGUCGGGGAAAUUAGCAGACGCGCCGUUAUAACUCCAGAUGUCGAAUCCCUCCUGGCAAGCAUGCAGAAUUGAUGAUAGGUUUUUUGUUAUAAGUUUUUUUUUUUUUGGUCAUACAUAUAUGAAUUGAAUUGGUUGAAUAGUUGUGUUACUAACCAUAAGUUUACAAGUUUGAUUCCUUAUAUAAGUUGUCUAUUCCGGGA